AUGUGGGACUCCUGGGUUUUUGUUGUUUUUUGCAAGAUUGCAAAUUUGCCAAGAAAUUCUGAUGGCAAAUUCCUCAGUUCUCUGCCUAAUCCUCCUGGUGACAAUUAUGAGCGUCACCACCGGCGUCAACCUCGUUUCCGCCGCAAACUCCCUCCACCAUCACCAUUUCCAUCUUCAAUCCCACUACCCAACCAACGUUUUCCACCCACCACUUCUCUGCCACCAUCUCCCCCGCCGCCGAUGCAACUGGAGGGGAUUCCAAAACAACAGUUGAACAACAUAAUCGACGCCCUGAUAGGUGCCGGAGACUUUGCAGGAUGGAUCAAUUUCCUCUCCUCCACCAACCCAUCAUCUCUGUCAUUCACCGCCACGUUCUUCGUUCCGAGCAACGACGCCAUCUCUCAGUUCCCAACCGCCACCGCCGCCGGAACGAUCUUCGACCCCUUUAUUGUACCUUACCAUAUAGUCCCACAGCGCCUCUCUUUCUCCGAUCUUCAACAGUUUUCCACCCUCACGCACCUCCCCACUCUCUACCCUUCAAAGUACAUUGUCAUCACCAACAAUUCUCGAUUCAAUUUCACCGUCGAUGACUCUCUAGUCACCCACCCAGAUAUUCUUGUGAAUGCUGCUUUUUCAGUUCAUGGAAUCAAAAAUGUUCUUGAUUACAAUGUCUAUGGUGGCAACAGAGUUCAUAAACUGGAAGAUAUUGAGGACGACGCAAAAAAGAGGAAGUUGUAUUCAGUGGGCUGGGAGAUUUGGGAGUUUUGGGGAUUUGUUUUAGUUUAG